UAUCUAUGAUACAAUGCGGUAUAUUCGAUCUCCAAUUAAUACUGUAUGUCUAGGUCAAGCAGCUUCAAUGGGAUCCCUUCUAUUAGCUGCGGGUGCAAAGGGUGAGAGGCGAUCUCUCCCUAAUGGUUCGAUUAUGAUUCAUCAGCCUUCCGGUGGAUAUAGCGGGCAGGAUAAAGAUUUGACUAUCCACACUAAACAGAUUGUUUGGGUGUGGGAUACUUUGAACGACUUAUAUGCAAAGCAUACGGGACAACCAAUAGAAACAAUUGAGAAGAAUAUGGAUAGGGAUUGUUUCAUGACACCCGAAGAGGCCAAGGAGUUUGGAAUAAUCGACGAGGUUAUAGAUGAAAGACCUAUGGCUUUAGUAACUGAUGCUAUUGGUAACGAAGCCAAAGAAAAAGGAUCAAGUUAGAAUUUGCAGUAAGACUGACUCUACAUUGUUGUCUAUGUUAACGUUACAUCUGCUAAUUUACUUUGAUGAGGCGAUAUCUCAUUACUUUGUUUACCCAGUUAUUUGUUUUAGGGAGUUUAUAUGUGCUGGAAUGAUUUCUGGGAUUAGAUGGAAAGCAUCCUCUGAUAUUUACUCCAGAUUAUGUGCCUAAAACUGCUGUUCUGAGCUCAGUCUAACAGCAGUCGAGCACCAGAAAAUUUCACCUUAUUCCAUUUAGUAA